AUGUAGAUCAGAAAAUUCAAAGAAAGGAAAAUCAUCAAUCAAUUAGCAGUUGGAGAAGAGCACUGUCUCAUAUUGUUUAGUGAUAAGACUAUCAAGGGUGUGGGAUCUAAUUAAUUUGGCUAGCUAGGCCUCAUGUAGAAACAGAGAAAUUUGAUUAUUCAUGAUUUGAUUGACAUUAAAUUAUUCGGUUGUGAUGAAGAUUAUUAAGUGAAACAGAUUAGUGCUGGCCAGUUUCACAAUCUAUACUUACUUGAAGAUUCUUAAGGAAACUAAAAGAUAUAUGUGAAUGGUAAAGUAAUCAGACAGUCUUUGGAUAAUGUUGACCCAGAUGAAUUAUCUGGAUUGAGGGAGCAAAAGUUAUCUAAGAUAAAAGAUGAAAAUAAAGAAAUGAAGAUUAGCAAGAUAUACUCGAGAUUUAAUACAAAUGUAUUUUACACUGAAAAGGACCUGUAUAUAUGGGGAGACACACUUACAGGAUAGUAUCAUGAAUACCCUACAGCUUUCAUGAAAUUUGAUGGUUAAGUUAAUUAAAUCGCUAUUGGCUAAAAGCAUGGAUUAAUUUUGGUGCAAGAUAUUGAAACGAAUAGGAAUAUAGUAUAUGGGUGGGGUGAUGGAACUUAUGGAGAGUUAGGUCCUACAUAAAAUGGCUAGACUUGGUUUAAACCAGAGAUUAUCGAAGAAUUUGAAGAAUUAAAACCAUCUUAGAUUGCUGCAGGAGCUAGACAUAGUCUUAUUUUGGAUAGAAAAGGAUUGAUGUAUGUAAUAGGUGAUAAUUCAUUCGAUUAGUGUUUAAGUUAAGAUAGAAGAGCAUAUGAGGCUAAAGUGAUUCAAUGCUAAGAAGAAGUAGAGGAGAUUUACUCUGGCAGAGAUCAUAAUAUAGCUGUGAGCAAGACUGGUAUAGCUUACAGCUGGGGAGGAUCUCUAAUUAACAAAGGAUGGGGCAACAAUAAUUAAAUAGAACUUGAUUAAAUUGAGGAUCUUCAAAAUAGAUAUCCUGAUAUAAUCGAUCUUUCAUACUCAAAUACGAUUAUAAUCACUGGGCAAAGCAAUAUCUGA